GUUGAAUAAAGAGUGUUUCUUUCAGUCAUACAUACACACCCGCCGACCAUGCUUCGUCGCACCCAAGCCACCCUCUUCAAGCCGACGUCCACUUUGCGCUCGUUGCGCAACUACACGGACGACGCCAGUUACAUCGGCCUGACGGCCGAGCAAAAGGAGUUCUACGACACCAACGGGUACCUCCACAUCCGCGGCGCGCUGUCCGACGACGUCUGCGAUGCGUUGCGCUUCCGGGCCAUCCACCACUUGGCGCAAUUCGACCCAAACGCGUACCAAAAGUCCAUCUUCAGCUCGACGCAUCAAACGCGCUUCAGUGACUCGUACUUUUUGGAAUCGGGCCAUCAAAUUCGAUAUUUCUUCGAAGAGAAAGCGUUCGACGACGACGGCAACCUCGCAGUGCCCAUGAACCAAGCGAUCAACAAGAUUGGCCACAACCUCCAUUCCCUCGAUCCCGCCUUUCGCUCCGUCAGCUUCUCUCCCCACGUCAUCGGCAUUUUGAAGUCUCUCGGGUAUAUCAAGCCGGUGUUGCCGCAAUCUAUGUACAUCUUCAAGCAACCAUCGAUUGGAGGCGAAGUGCUGCCGCAUCAAGAUGGCACGUACUUGUACACGGAGCCCCAAAGCGUCGUAGGGUUCUGGUGGGCGUUGGAAGACUGCACCACGAUGAACGGAUGCUUGUACGGGGUCGCAGGGUCCCACAAGACGACACCUGUCCAGCAGCGAUUCCUGCGCACGACCCCGUACGACGGCCAGAACCUUACUGCCGGCAAGGACGCGCCGCUCCUGACCACGUCUGGCCAAGCCGACUUCGACACGUCGCAAGGUAGGCCCAUCUUGACCAAGAAGGGCGACUUGGUGCUGCUGCACAAUGCGUUCGUACACUACUCCCAUGCCAACACGUCGCUCACGUCCCGGCACGCGUACACAAUCCACGCGGUGGAGACCCACGAAACCGACUACCCCGCCACGAACUGGCUGCAGUUUCCCCCUGGCAUGACCUUCCCUCCCCUCUUCCCAACAUCAACCUCGGCACCCCAGAACCCCCAUGACAACGAACACUAGCUCGACUUGGACAACUCCUAGGCAUUGGCUACAUAGUACCUCAUAUGCCAUUUCCAUAUGUAUGUACAUACAUUGAGGAUAUUUGAUCACUAUAAACGAUGUGGAUG